UGAUGAUGAUGGAGACGGGAGAAGCGGCCUCGGCAUGAAUCCCAUCCGGGGGAGGAAUUAAAGCUCACGGACCGAGAGCGAGACACGGGGGGAAACAACGUACGGAUGGGGACCGUGCACCUUUCACAUCUGGCGCACGAAGAGAUGCUCCGCGCCGGCGAAACGCGAGGGAGCGCCGGGCUGUGCCGCUACGCUCCUGCUGUUCCUCAGCACUUUGGCAGGGGCACUGUGGAGGCGAUUUAGGGAACGCAUCCACGGGGUAAACACCACCAGAAGGAUCCGUUUUCAACACCGUCGUGGAUGUGAUGAUGAAGACAUGUCUUUAACAGGGUGGAGCUGCGGUUUCUUUAAUAAAUGAUGAGGAAUUCCGCUCAGCCUAAUUUCAUGUUUAUGUCUGACUGAUACGCGCCCCACAGCGCCUUGUUUUCGCGUGUGAACAAUGACACAGGUGAUGUUAUGUCACCGGACCGAGCGAUGGGGAUGAUGAUGGCUGCUGGCUGGUGCGGGACGACCCGGAUCAUUCGCGUAAGGCUCCCUGACAGCGGCUCUCCAUCGAGGCUGUUUAUGCAAUCCGACGCAGUGUUGCAAGUGGGCUGAUUUCCCUCCACCACUUACUCCAUGUGAUAGCUUAAUGAUCCCCACAAACUGCCAGGUCGUUUCUGUGAAAUAUGCUCGGGCCUUGCGUAAAAACACACCAUAAAGUGAAACACUGCAUGGAAGGUGGAUGAGGAGAUGCUCUGAAUAAAAAAAGGGGGAUUUUCUGGAAUUAAAAAGCGGAGGAAAAAAGCCAACAGAAUGUCGAAAGUUGUCAGUAACAAGGAGAAGAAAUCCUUCAGUAAAAAACUCUUCCGGAGAAGCUCGGUCCGCUCCGUGGGGAGCUUUAUGAACAGAGUUCUCCGAACUCUGUCCACUUUGUCUCAUUUCAGCACCGACGGGCAGGCCGCCGAGGAUGAGAAGGACGACGCCUGUUCGAUCCCCACCACCACCGGGGGAUCUCUGCCGUCUGACGACAGCGACUGUGGGGGGUUUCCUUUCGGGGACAAGGUGCCAGGUGUAUCCGGCCUCAAGAACCACGGGAACACCUGCUUCAUGAACGCUAUCCUGCAGUGCCUGAGCAACACGGAGCUGUUCGCUGAGUACCUGGCUCUGGAGCAGUUCAAAGGCGGGGAAUCCACUAGCAGCAACAGCGAUAAGGCCAAGUCUAACGGGGUGCUGGUGGUACAGAAGAAGGGGAGCCAGCAGCAGCAGCAGCAGCAGCAGGAUGCAGGGGAGGUGACGGAGCAGCUCUCCGGCCUGGUUCGGGCUCUGUGGACCUUUGAGUACACACCUCAGCACAGCAGGGACUUCAAGAAUGUGGUGUCUAAGAGCGCCCUGCAGUUCAAGGGUAACUCCCAGCACGACGCCCAGGAGUUCCUCCUCUGGCUGCUGGAUCGAGUCCAUGAAGACCUCAACCAUAUCAUCCACCCUGAAAUCGUACCCCCCAGGAAGCCUCCAGUAGAAGAGGAAAAUGCCCCUGAAGGAUCUCCACUACCAGCACCUGGCUCUUUUGUACAGGAGUUGUUUCAGGCACAAUACAGGUCCUCGCUGACCUGCCCUCACUGCCAGAAACAGAGCAACACCUUUGAUCCUUUCCUCUGCAUCUCACUGCCAAUCCCGGUACCUCACACACGGCCCCUCUACGUGACAGUGGUGUACCAGGGAAAGUGCUCCCACUGCAUGAGAGUCGGAGUGGCGGUGCCUCUUUCCGGCACCGUGUCCAGGCUGAGACAAGCUGUGGCUCAAGAAACCAAAAUCCCUGCCCAACAGAUCGUCCUCACUGAAAUGUACUUUGACGGCUUCCACCGCUCCUUCUGUGACGACGACGACGACCUUGAGGUCAUUCAGGAGAGCGACUCCAUAUUUGCCUUCGAGACACCUGAGCUAUUCAGACCCGAGCAGAUCCGCUGCAAGCGCGGCGGGAGCCCACAUGCAAAUCUCAACCAGAACAACAUGAAGUACAGCACAGAUAAUAAUCGGAUAUCCACACAAAUACAAGAGCCGACCACCCCACCUCAGAGUCCGAAUAAGAACAGCGGACAGGCUGAGAAGAUAGUGCUGCUGGUGUGUAACCGAGCCUGCGCUGGACAGCAAGGACGCAGGUUUGGUAAUCCAUUUAUUCUGUAUUUGGAGCGAACGGUGACAUGGGAUGUGCUUCAGAAAGAGAUCUUGGAGAAGAUGCGGCAUCUUUUGCGCCCUGGUGUCUUGGUGCAGGUAGGGCCCUUCACUCUGCGUGUGGUAGGAGUGGUGGGGAUCACAUACCUCUUGCCUCAGGAGGAGCAGCCGCUCUGCCACCCCUCUGUGGAGAGGGCAUUUAAGUCCUGUGGUCCUGGAGGGCCCCCUCAUGUCAAAAUUGUCGUGGAAUGGGACAAGGAGACGAAAGACUAUCUGUUCAAAAGAACUGAGGAUGAAUACAUCCCAGACGCUGAGAGUGUGCGUCAGUCAAAGGAGCAGCACCUGCAGCCUCAGACCUGCUCACUCGCCCAGUGCUUUCAACUCUACACCAAAGAGGAGCAGCUGGCUCCUGAUGAUGCGUGGCGGUGUCCGCACUGUAAGCAGCUUCAGCAGGGCAGUAUCAAGCUCAGUCUGUGGACGCUGCCCGACAUCCUCAUCCUGCACCUGAAACGCUUCAGACAGGAUGGGGACCGGCGGAUGAAGAUGCAGAACAUGGUGAAGUUCCCGCUCACGGGCAUGGACAUGGCGCCUCACAUGGUGAAGAGGAGUCAGAGCAGCUGGAGUCUCCCUUCCCACUGGUCACCGUGGAGACGGCCUUAUGGGAUGGGGCGUGACCCGGAGGACUAUCUGUACGACCUGUACGCAGUGUGUAACCAUCACGGGACCAUGCAGGGGGGACACUACACAGCUCACUGUAAGAACUCCAUAGAUGGACAGUGGUAUUGCUUUGAUGACAGCGAUGUUCAGCCCAUAUCUGAAGACGAGGUUUGCAAGCAGACUGGGUACAUCUUGUUUUAUCAGAGACGUGCCACGAUUCCCUCUUGGUCUGCCAACAGUUCUGUGGGAGGAUCCACCAGCUCCUCUUUGUGUGAGCACUGGAUUAGCCGGCUGAUGGGCAGCCGUCCACCCAGCCAGGCCUCCUCCGGUUCCUCCAGACGGACCUCGCUGGCCUCCCUCUCUGAGUCAGCCGAGUUUGCUGGUGAACGGAGCGAAGACGAUGGCUUAUCGAGCCGGCCGGCAGUAAGAGGCAUGCAAAGACAAACCUUCUCCUCAAGAUCUUCCAUUGCCAGCCCACUGGUGCUAAGUGAAAAUUGCACAAAACCAUCCUGGUCCCACUCCGCUAAGCUCCAACUCCGCUCCAACUCUCCCUCGCGCUUCUCCCUGGAGUCCCACUCCUCCUCCCCAACUCUGGAGAGGAUCGGAGAGGUGGCUGACACCGCCUCCUGCUUCACUGGGUCGCCUAAACCAGACAGAGCGUCAAACGGCAAGUCAGCCCUCGCUGUUGUGGAGGGUAAUGCAGGCAGCAAGAGGCUGAUAGAGCAGGUUCACUCCAAGGCUGUGGCGCAGGCGGAGCAGAGGAGCUCAACCCAGGCUGGGGAGAACAACAACGUUGUCACUGCCUCUGAACAGAUCAGUCCUCGACACGGGACCGCUGCAAAGGAUGCAAAACCGAGAAGUGGGGCUGCAGAUAGCGUUGGUGUUAAAAGGACUACAGCCAGUCCCAAGAAGCGUCCUGCCACCUCCUCAACCUCCUCCAGCUCUCUGUCCCCUGCAUCCCCAGCUGUUGACAAGCUGACGUCUCGAACACAGACCAAGAGCGCGGCUUCAGCAGCAACCCCGAAGGACAAAAGCGACGGACCACCUAAAACUAGCAAGGCCGGUUCCUCGAGAACAGCGACCCCUUCAAAGAAAGGGUCAUCCCAAACCCCGGAGGUAUUACAUCCUGACUCUGCCCAACAAAGGAAGAGUGGUUCCCCGGGAUCACAAAGCUCACACCCUCAGAGGAGGACAUCACCCAGAGGGGGAGGCGAGAAAAACUCAGCCUCAGGAAGGACUAAAGCACCAGAAAGGAGCGCUAGCCGCGAAUCCUCACGGACUAACGCAGAAAAGAAGGUUAACCACGGAGGGCCUCCCUCCAGGUCGAGCGCUGCUAGCAGAGCGGAGGCCAGGCCGGGCCGGGCUGUGGAGAACAGGGCAGCGGGUCGGAGCUCCAGCAGCAGCUCCUCUAUGGCGAGUCUCCGCUCCUCGAGUGUCGGUGUGUCCUCCGCUGCCCCACCAUCAAGGGGGCCUCAAAGGAACAGUAAGACAGAGGACAAAGGCUUGUCCUUCUUUAAAUCUGCCCUGAGGCCCAAAGAGACCCGUAAGUCAGCAGAUGGUGGGAAAGCUGGGGCGGGUGAUGCUAAAGGGAGUCCAGAGGACGGUGGUGGUGGGGACGCAGCUCGGGAGGGUAUCCCGCACGGAGCGAGCAAGAAGGCCCACAAUGGGGCCUCAGAGGCCCCGAAUAAUGUGACCACAGCCAAAGACAAGGAGUCAUCCAAGGCGUCCGCUGCAGCUAAGCAUUCACUGCUGCCCUCCACCAAGUCCAAGCUCUCUGGAGCAGAAACAACCACCCAGUCCUCCGGCAAUGCAAAAGACCCGCCGAAGAAAGAGCCGGUUAAAAAGGCAAUGCAAUCCAGGAAGAUCCCCAUCAGUUCACAACAGAAGGCCAAGUGACGUUAGUUCAAAGGCCUGAUAACAAUCUCUCUCGUGCAGCUCUGAGGUGUUUUAACCAUCAAACAUCUUUAAAGCACCUGUAGCUUUUCAGUGGUUACUGAAUACCAGCUGCCAUACCGGACACAUUGUUAAAUAGUUAUUUAGGAAUGGAUUUUAACAAAGCACUUUGUAUGGAUUGCAUUGAUUUUGAGGAAUAUAUACUGUAUUGUAAAUAAGCAUGGACUGCACAUGUAUUGAAAUAAUUGCCUUGUUCUGUCUGUAGCAUAGUCAGGAGAAGUGCAUCUCGGUAGGAGGUGGAAAAUAAAAGUGACUUUGCACAAGAAAGCGCAUAUAAUGGUGGAAGGAAAAUGUUGAGUUAGAGCAAACACGGACAACUCAGUCACCAAAGGAAGUUUACUGGCUGUUUUUAACAUGCUGAUGAAGAGAAAUAUUUCCAAAAAUCUUUACGUACAGCUCUCUCCGUCAGUAUUGAGAGCCAUAUGUCGACAAACAUCAGUGCCUCAGAUAAUCAAAGUAUUUAAUCUGAAUUGUAUAACUGCAGGUGUUGGUAAAUUUAUAAAUCAAUUUUAAUAUUUAUUAAUCACUGAAAAUGUAAUUUCAAGUCGAACACAAUUUAGCCUAUUUAACCUGAACCGCUGUUUACAUAUGCUCCUUGAUGUAGUUGAUGUGCAACGGCCUUUAAGAAAUAUUUUUGCGCAGCCAGGAUGGAGAGGCCCGAGGGGGGGGGGGGGACCGAAGCAUGUGUUGUUUAAUGUCUGGAGACGUUGGUUUGUAAAAGUUCUUCAAUGUUUUGUGUUUUAUUUACCAGUAAAUGACCUGUUACCCCUCAGACAACCUCCGCCCGUCACCACCUCUGCCCUCCAGCUGCUGAUGCCAACUCUUAGCCGCGGUGCCCUCAUGGGGAUCAAACUCUUCAGACUGCCAGACAUCUCCAAACAUUCCUCUCAGAUGAACACAGGGUUAAAUGUAAAAAAAUUAAUAAAUAAAAAAGCCACUAUACGCGCACAUAUUCAAAGACAGCUGGGAUGCCUUGGUUGAAACCACCAUACAUGUACAUAGAGCAUUAUGGUAUGUUUGAGUCAGCCCGUCUUCACAUGUGACAUCACAGCUUGUGCACAUCUUUAGCUUGCAAUCGCAGAAUAGAUCUACACUGAACGCACUGACCGAUAAAAGAGAUCACCACUCAUGACGUAUGUGACAGGUGUUGCAUGAUAAAUUGCUUAUGCAUGCACUUAACUAUGCAAGCAGAUUCUUGCUAAUGCCCACACUGAGUAUGUAGGAGUGCUACUCUUGGAUGUGUAUAUAUUUCUAACUGUAUAUUUUUCCAAAUGCCAGCAUCAGAGAGCAUGUUAAGGCAUCCUUUAUUAAAGCUUUGUUUGCACAUUUCUUCAAAGUAAUAUACAUUUUGUAUGAAUGAUAAGUAUUGCUCAUUCACCCUCUCAAAGUAAAUCAACUCACUUGCAAAUGAAUGUUUUCUGUAUUGUAUUCAUUUGUCUCGCGGCUUUUUCUCACAAAACUAAAGUGACUUUUACCCGGAGAUUUUUUUUACAUGGCAACCAAACAUUGCUGCAGUUGUGGUGUAACUUUCAUUCAUCGUCUGCAACAGUGUGAGGUGUUAGAAGUCUAAUUAAAUUGUUCGAUUACAGUAGUGUUUUAUAAAAGAGCAGGGCUUGGUGGCUGCUUCUAAAUCUAAACAUUUUCAGAGGUUAGGCCGGGACCGUGUAAGAUAAGAUGCUGAACUCAAACUUUAUUAACAACGCUCACAGAAAAUAAUGGUGUGCAAUAUCUUCUCCAAUACUUUAUAUUGUUUUUAAGAAAAGAUACUGUACGAUCAAAUCUUAAGCCUGUCCAUUUUUCACUGUGAAAGAUAGCUGAUUUUCUAAUCGCACCGAGAAACUCAUUUCAUAUUAAAAGUUUGUAUUAUUUACUCCCGGAUUAUAGAUUGACUGAAUGUCAGUGUCACAAUGGAGGAGUGUUUAUCAGUAGCCAACGAACCACUUAACGAUCUGGCACACGGUGCAGAACUAUCUUUAAUAUCUUUAGUGCCUGGUGGCUGCAGUGUGUUAUUACUGUGCUAUAACAUCUAACACAUGCAGUGUAUAAACUGACUGCCUCAUCCACAAUAAGGGAGUGUUGAAACGAAACGAUAAGGAUGUAUAAAUAUAACAACGUGCUUUGAGGAAUGUUUUUUUUGUUCACAAAUGCAUGGGAAUGAUUUUAUUUUUCCCAUUCAUGUUCUGUAAUAUAAUGCAACGUUUACAUGUACUGUUUUCAUCUUUUGUUGAGUAGCAGUGUGUUGCCAUUGA